AUGGGUGUCGACGACCCCGAGAUCAAAACGGUCCAGGAUGGCGAAGCUGUCUCAGAGGUCUCCUUUAACUCCCAACACCAGCUCCCGAAGGGCGAUGUGUAUGAACGCCGCCUCUCCCAGACCGAAUGGGAAAAAUUCGGCCAGACCAAGCGCGGCCUGAGUCCACGGCAUGUCCAGCUCAUGGCCAUCGGCGGCUCCAUUGGGACGGGCCUGUUCGUGGGGAUCGGCGGCAGCCUGUCGCGUGCGGGUCCCCUGUCCCUGGUACUCGGCUAUCUCUUCUGGGGCAUCCUGUUUGUCUGGCCGUGCAAUCUGUGUGUUGCUGAGAUGUGUGCCUGGUUGCCUGUGCGCGGCACCAUUUUCGAACUCGCGGGUCGCUACGUUGAUCCUGCAUUGGGCUUCGCCAUGGGCUGGACCUACUUCUUCGCCGGGGCCAUGCUGGUGUGUACGGAAUAUUCUGCCGUCGCGACCGUCAUGCAGUAUUGGACGACGGACGUCAAUCCAGCCGUGUGGAUCACCAUAUGUCUUGUCGUUUGUUUCGCCUUGAACGUCAUUGCCGUGAGAUGGUAUGGCGAGUCGGAAUUCGUCAUGGCCUCGACCAAGAUCUUGUUGCUGAUCGGCCUGGUCCUCCUCACCUUCAUCACCAUGGUCGGCGGCAAUCCCAAGCACGACACCUACGGCUUCCGCUACUGGAAACACGGGUUGGCCAUGCAUCCAUACUACGCCAAAGGCACGACCGGCCGCUUUCUGGGAUGGUGGUCAGUCGUACGCUACGCCGCGUUCACCGUUGCCGGCCCGGACUUGAUUUCGCUGGCUGCCGGCGAGAUCCAGAACCCACGCCGCACGAUCCCGCGGGUGGCGCGACUCGUGUUCUACCGUCUCGUCGGGUUCUACGUGGUCGGCGUCCUCUGCGUCGGCAUUAUCUGCUCGUCGCGCGACACACGGCUCCUGGGCGCCCUGGACAACGGUGAUGCCGGCGCCGCCGCGUCCCCCUGGGUGAUCGGAAUCCAAAACCUCGGUAUCACGGGUCUCCCCAGCUUGAUCAACGCGUUGAUCCUCCUGUCGGGCUGGUCGUGCGGCAAUGCCUAUCUUUACUCGUCGAGCCGCACGCUGUACUCGCUGGCGCGGGACGGCCAGGCGCCCAAGAUUUUCAUGAAGUGCACCAAAUCCGGGAUCCCCGUCUGGUCCGUCUCCGCCGUCAGCUUGAUCUCGUGCAUCACGUAUCUGGUGGCCUCGAGCAGCGCGGUGACGGUGUUUUUCUGGUUCGUCUCGCUGACCACCAUCGCCCUGGUCGCGACCUACACGGGCAUGCUGUGGACGUUUAUCGGCUGGCACAGGGCCCUCAAGGCCCAGGGCGUCGAUCGUGACAGUCUGCCCUACAAGGCCCCCUUGGCGCCUUACAGUGCGUGGUUUGCUAUUGUCAUUGGAUGUCUGGUCAUGCUUUUCAUCGGAUUCGAUGUCUUCGUGCCCUGGGACACCGAGGGCUUUGUCACGUCGUACUUUGGCAUCGCUUUCGGCUUUGUCAUGUUUGUGUUCUGGAAGAUCUUCAAGCGUACGCGAUUCACAGAUCCCAAGACCUGCGAUAUCUAUAGCGGCAAGGCCGAGAUCGAUAUGGAGUGCAGACACUGGGAGGAAGGUGGCUUGGAGGAGAAUGAGAAAAAGAGACUCGCUCAGAUGUCUCUGCUCAGACGGACUUGGGAGAAGAUGUGGUAG